GUGAACGCCUUCCAGUGGAUCCAGUACAGCAUCCUCAGCAACGUCUUCGCCGGCUUCUACGGCGUCUCCUUCACGGAGAUCGACUGGCUCUCCAUGGUCUACAUGGUGGCCUACGUGCCGCUGAUCCUGCCGGCCACCUGGCUGCUGGACACCCGCGGCCUGCGCCUCACCGCCCUGCUGGGCGCCGGCCUCAACGGCCUGGGGGCCUGGCUGAAGUGCGCCAGCCUGGCCCCCGGCCGGUACCCCCUCACCCUGGCCGCCCAGGCCGUCUGCGCCGUCGCCCAGGUCUUCAUCCUGGGGCUGCCCUCACGCAUCGCCUCCGUCUGGUUCGGCCCCACCGAGGUCUCCACCGCCUGCGCCGUGGCCGUGCUGGGCAACCAGCUUGGCACUGCAAUUGGCUUUUUGUUGCCACCUGUUCUGGUUCCAAAUACACCUAACGAUAUCAAUCUAAUGGCACAUAAUAUCAGCAUCAUGUUCUAUGGAACAGCAAUAGUGUCCACACUUUUGUUCUUCUUAACAGGAGUUGUGUUUGAAGAGAAGCCCAAAUACCCUCCUAGUCACUCUCAAGCAGUCCUUCAAACUAUGCCUCCUGAGGAUUACUCCUACAAGCAGUCAAUUAUCAACUUGUUCAAAAAUAUUCCAUUUGUACUUCUGCUGAUCAGUUACGGUAUUAUGACUGGGGCAUUUUAUUCUGUCUCUACCUUAUUAAACCAGAUGAUAGUAACUCAUUAUAAGGGAGAAGAAGUGAACGCUGGGAGAAUUGGCUUGACACUGGUGGUGGCAGGAAUGGUGGGUUCGAUUAUUUGUGGUUUGUGGCUGGAUUACACUAAAACAUACAAGCAAACUACUUUGAUUGUUUACAUUCUCUCUUUCAUUGGGUUGCUGGUAUUUACUUUCACCCUGGACCUCGGAUACCUUAUAGUAGUGUUCGUGACUGGAGGAGUACUUGGGUUCUUCAUGACUGGCUAUCUCCCACUUGGGUUUGAAUUUGCUGUGGAAAUUACAUACCCAGAGUCUGAAGGCACUUCCUCAGGUCUCCUUAAUGCAUCAGCACAGAUAUUUGGAAUUGUCUUUACACUUGUUCAAGGCAAACUCACAACAGACUACAGUCCUCGUGCAGGCAACCUCUUUCUUUGUGCUUGGAUUUUUGUGGGCAUUAUCUUAACAGCCUUAAUAAAAUCAGAUUUGCGAAGACACAAUGUGAAUUCAGGCAUUAUGAAUUUGGAUGUUAAAGCUGUACCAGUCGACAGUCCUGUAGAACCUGAAAGUACUACCUUAAAAAUUCAAUCAGCUUUAUAAAGCUGGAAGAAGGUGACUUAGAAACGCACAAGUUUGGUUGGAUACUGAACAAUAUUAAUUAGUGUAAUCAUUGGAUUUGUGUGUAUGAGUAGUAAAAUGUGCUUGGUGAUACUGGUGAUAGUUGUGCGGUGGAAACUAUGAAGAUACUCAGUUAAUUUUGCCCAAGACACAAGCAAUUCACCUUUGUAUGGAAUAUUUAUUUUAACAGUUUUCAGGUUUUGCAGUUUCAUUAGUAAAAAACUGUGUGAAUAUUCUCCAUGCUGAGGAGACAUGUACAGUCAGGAUGCAUACUUGAAGAAAACCUGGAAUCCUGAAGUACAGUCAUCAUGAUGAGCAGUACCUAAUCUUCUUUUCUUGUUCAGUCUUUGCUAGUGCAUUUGAAAAGCCAGAGAGUAGGUAGACGUGCAGCUGGAGGAUGUUCACAAGUUCCUUUUUU